UUUAAUUGACAAUUUGAAAGGUCACUAUGACGAAAUUACGCCGACGUGAAUUCUUUUUUGGCGGACUCUGAUUAUUAUUGGCUCGGAGCAAUUUGAAGAAAUGGUGUUAACUGAACAAACUAACACGCCAGUCGGAUUCAAUUAAUUCACAGCAACUAACACUUCUAUUCGUCAGUGAGAAGGAUGUCAGAACACUCAGAGUUGCAGCCAAGUCUGUUUGGCGAUGAACCCUCUCUUGACGGAUUUUUCCUCAAUAACGUAAUGGAAGAUGACGUCGAGAAUGGCCUCACAAUGGCAAUGGAUUUGCCCCCAACGAUCGACUCACUUGAACUUGAAUCCUUUCUACAAGACCAACAAUCAUACGAUAAUAACGCACCACUGAUGGGUCAACAAGAACAGCAGCAACCAAAUCAAUCAAACAAUCAGCAGCAAAUUCAGUCGUCGUACUUAAAUAACAGUGAAGUCUUGUUUUCAAACGAAAACGAACUUCUAUUGGAUGACCGACAAUCGAUCAAUCCUAACAUACAGACAUCAUCUGAAGGAAUUUCUCUGAAACUGGAGACUCAGCAGCAAACGUGUUUAUCCGGAGCGGGCAAUGUUCUCUCGGCCCCUCUGGCUAUUCAAGGUGAAUUGAUUCAGACCACUGAUGCGAAAACUGGACAGACAUACUUGCUGAUUGUGCCUAGGAGCAACCAGACAUUCACGCAGAAUUCCAGCACUGGCUGUGACCUCAGUGAAAAUAUUACUACAGUUACGGGUAGACCGAUGAACCGAGUUCAGCCCACAUUCCGAUCUAUUGAUGCUCAAAAUACUUCACUCAAUUACUCGGAGCAGAUAUCGUACCAACAUCCUCAACACUUCAACCAGAAUGUAACCCAGUCUAACCAGAACGGAAUAGGGGUCAACGCACCUGUCAAUCUCCAUAACCAGAAUAAUAUCCAGAACCAAGAUCAAGUUUAUUCUCAGAAUAUUCAAUUAGGCGCAUUUCAAACUCCAGUUCUGCAGACUGACUCAGUGUUGCGACAGACUUUGACGCGGGGGAAUAAUGACUCGGGAAUCUCACACUCCUCGAAUGGAAGUAGUGAGCAGACGUCGCCGGUGAACGACUUGCAUGCGAGUGGUCGGAAUGGAGGUAGCGGAGGAGUUGGGAUGAGAAGCAACAGGAGUUCGAGCUCUUUGGAGAAUAUGCCGCAGAUGACACAGUAUCGGCCGGCUGCGCUGGAUGCGCCAUUGAUCUCGUCCUACUUGAACAAUAACACUACUACUACUACGUCAAGCUUCUACCAUCCUAAUGCCAUUUAUCCUCCUAACCCCCACAUCUAUUCCCCGUAUAUGGGAGGGGGAGGGGGAGGGGUAGCAGUAGGAAGUGCAAAUUACAUGCCGGAUUCAGAGAUUGCGAUGAGACCACCCAAUAUUGCAUUGGCGAGCGCAAGCUCGAACCAAGUUAGCAAUAGACAAGGACAAAGAACAAGUUCAAAUGGCCGGCAGAACGUUUCAUCGAUGCCUCAGUCUAGGUUCAGUGUCAGUAGCUUCGCGAAUGUUGGCGAAAUAGAGAAUGUGUCCUACCACCACGGAUCGGACAGUGAUUUCUCGCCGCCUCCCGACCAGACAAUAACUAGAGAUGCUUAUUCCAGUCAAAACAGGUCUCUGUUCGUUCAGAGGAGCCAGUCUGGACAAGUGAUGCAGGUCAUCCCCGGAAGUGUGCAGUCAGUGGUUGUAGGAGAUUGCAGUGGUGGUAAUAAUUCGAUGCUCGGAAAACCGAGGAGUACCCAUAAUGUGAUUGAGAAGAGAUAUAGACUGAGUAUAAAUGACAAGAUUGUACAGCUCAAGGAUGUAGUGUUGGGACCCGACGUGAAGAUGAACAAGUCUGGCAUCCUGCAAAGAGCGAUUGACUAUAUUAGGAGUCUGGAAAAUGGAAACAGUCAGUUGAAUAAGGAGAACAUCAAGCUGAGAGCAGAGAAUGCUAAAUUGAAAGACCAGUUGAACACAUCGAUGGAACAAGUGUCAUUGGCGGCUAGCAGUGUAACAGCUCUUCAGACCAUGGUCACUGUGAACCAAAUGAACAGUCCACUUAACUCUCAGUUCACAGCUGCGGGAGGAAUUAUUGUUCCUCAGAGAACUAUCAUCCCUGCCAGGCCUCCCAAGCUCACGAGGCCCAGACAGGAGUCGAGUGGGGCGUCACCUGGAAGCAGUAGUGGCGUCGGAAGUGUGCACUCAGAUCCCUUUUGCUCGUCAUCGGAUUCAGACUCUGCUGCGCCGUCUUCGAAGGCGCCCAAGAGAACUAUAACGGUCGGUUUGACGGACAGAUCUAAAGUGACUCUUUGCAUGAUUAUGAUGUGUGUCUUCUUCUUCAACCCAGUCGGAGUCAUGGUAUCCCGGUCCGGAGUAUUCGACUCAGCAUCGCCGGAUUCGCCGUCAGUCGUGCUCUACUCGGAUGUUGUUUCCGAGCACAACGGAAACCGAGUACUUCAGAGUGUUGACGAACCGCAGCCCGAGAACUCCUCGUGGCACGGGAAUAUCGACGAUGAUUUUUACGGUCUCAUGUCGCAAGGAGUUGUAGUGUGGAUUAUGAAUGCGAUUGUAGUGAUGGUUAUAGUGGGGAAGGUUUUCAUAUUCGGAGAGCCAUGUUUGCAUUCGAAAAGUGAUGAAUAUCAGACGUUUAAGACUCUGGUUGCAGAAGCCGAUGUUUUACUAUCACAGAGAGACUACGCGUCGGGAUCCGCAACUCUGAAACGGUCCUUAACCUUGAUUGGCUGCCCGGUGCCAGUUUCGAACCUGGACCUUCUGUUCAGCGUAAUUUGGAGAAUGCUUCGGCUAAUUUGCCAGCGGACAGAUUUCGGAAGGUGUGUUCUACGACGUCUUGCUGAUUUUAAUGGACCGAAAAAUGCAACAAUGAAGCACGCGAAGGAAGUGGCAGUUGUCUACCACAAACUUUUCCAACUCUAUCUUACCGGUUGUGUACCUGAUAAUAAGCUGUGUGGUACACUGUAUGGCCUGACUGCUCUAACGAUGAGCGACUUUGCAUAUCCCAUAAUGAGUAAAGUGCAGCUCGUCGAGAUAGUGUUCAACUGUGCCAUCGGACUCCGGUUCAAGUUCAGAAAGCCAGUCAGCUUCCUUUCUCGUGGUCUAUGUUAUUACGGCCGCCGGCACUCGAUCGGAGUCUCCCUUCCCGCCAAAUUGGACUGGCUUCUUAGUCCCUCUGGCAACGACUUCUUCCAUGGCGUCAACGGAGACAGCUCUGACUAUGUAUUCCAAGGCUUUUUAUUUGAUUCGGGAAGCAGCGAUGGUGUUGCCCAGGAUAAAUGGUGUAUUCCUAGGAGUUUUCCGAGUAUAUUCACCUCUUGUGCUUCCUAUUUGAGACAUGACCCUCUUGAAUGCCUGUCACAACAUUACAGACAGCAUUUAUUGACUGGCGCUCUGCAUGCGACCAUACUGCCUCUACAGACUGGUUGUAUAGAGGUUCCGUCCAGGAGUGUGGCCCUGCACAACACAAUGGCAGUGUGUGGCUUCAAGAGGAAUUCCAACUGCUUGUCAUCUCCUUCGACCCAAAAAGGUGGAUCGCUCCCAAGUCGCAACAGCGAGCCUAUCCUGGAUUCGAGUCUAUCCCUCGGCAACAAGAAGAAGCAGAGGUAUGAGUCUCAGAACUCCUCUUCGGGCAAGCCUCUCAACGACUGCAUCUCCUUCUGGUGGGCAUCCAUUGUGAAUGCUGUCCAGGCGCAACAGUGGUUCCAGUGUGGGGGGGAUGACCAUGUGGCGAGUAACCAGACAAUGGGAGUUUUGGUGGAGGAUAUGCCAUCACAGCUCAAGAAACUGGAUAGUUCGUUGGCAGCGGCAGUGCAGACCAGUGUGAUUGCGAGGAGGAUUCUCCUAGAGAGCAGAGAUGGGUCCUCGCACGACUCAAUUGUUGCCAUGUGUGACAAGGCGUCUGCUCUACUCGCGGAAGCUGUGAAGGAGACAUCGGAGCCAUCUAUAUACUUGAACGAUACAAAACUCAGAACUCUGGCCCUGGUGUUUUGUGGGGACGUUCUUUUGGCCACGAGGAAGGAACUGUGGGAGUCCAUGUUGUAUCUGAAUGACCAGGAUGGCGAACAACUGUCGAAGGUGCUUGAGGCUUAUAAAGGAGAUCUGAAAGUGCUGAAGAGCAUCACUAACGUCUACCAUCCUGCGAAAGAAAAGUGCUACUUCUAUGAAACUGUCAGUCACAUGAUGAAAAAAGCUGUGGUAAUUAACAUAAAAAGCCUGUCAGAUGCAUCAAACGCGCUGACGACAGCUGACGAAAUCAGGAAUGCAACCGGAGCAACAAACAAUCAACAAUCGAUUGCCGUAUCUGCGCUGUGUUAUAAAAACAACAGUAGUAUGGAUUAUGUGUUCUGGGAGAAAAUGGUUCCUGUUUAUGUAAAACGGCGUCUCAAAGCUGCCAGAAAUGCGCUUCGUAUGCAAGCCGUUCCACCCAUUUGAUGAAUUAGAUAAAUUAAUAUCAAUUAAUCCUCUCCUAACGAAUAAUUCAUAUAAUGAAACUAACUCUCCACAAAUAUCCUUUGAAAUGAUGUAGUUAUUUACGCUACUUUAUUUUUGUAAAGCUCUUAAUUUGUUCAAACUACCUGUUGAGGCUCUAUUCUUUGAAAUUGUUUUAAGCUAAAGUUUAUUAUUACUUCAGAACAGAAAAAUAAUAGUCUUGAAGCGAUUUAAUUUGAGAUUUUGUCCUAA